GUGACACAUCAGCACCGCCCGCGCGGCCGGCCCCGGCUCGGUAUUGUCCUCCCGCCCGCUCCCACCGCCCUCCGCACCCGCCGCGUCCCGAGAGCCGCUUGCCUCCGGUCUGCCUGGCCUGGGUGUCUGUCGCGCGUGGAGUCUCGUUUAGAAUGGCCGAGGUCGUGGCUGCAGCAAAAAUACCUCCUUGCGGGGCUGGGUUUAGCGAAGAUCGGCGUGGACGACCGGACAUCCCAGAGCUCCCUUUGUUGGAGUUUUGCCCACACGUCGUAAUUAAGACUCCCACGGUGCGGUGAGGGUGGGUGCCGCGUAUAGAGACACCAGCUUUUUGUGCUGGUUUGAUGGAACUCGAGUGCCAUUGCUUUCUCAUUCUUGCGCGGCGGUUUUAUGUCACCGAGCAGCCAGCCCUGCGCGGAAUGCCUUUGUGCAGUGAGCCUUUUGCGUUAAACUUGGGUUGAUGAAGGUAUAGUGUAGUAGUAAUUGUGAAAGACGUGUGUGGGAAAAACAGGCUACUCUGUGGUGCUUGAAGGAACAAAGGCUUGUUUUGUAGGGAUGCUUCUCUAUUUGGAGAAACGCAUCGGUGUUGGGACUGUUAACCUAUGGAGGAUGCCACUGCUAGGUCUCUGUGCAUCUGCUUUAACACUCCUUAUAUUUGGACGCUGUGCAUUUAAAGCGGUUCAGAAAGAUAAGGGGUGGAAACGCCGGACGUGUUGGUGACCCGAGCGCUUGAGCGCUUCACAUGGUCAAGCGGAGAAAUGGGAAGAGGUUUGAUGACGACGAGAAGCAUGCUUUCACUGGCCUUCCCGACCCCAUUUGUUAUGCAGGAUGUCUCUGAGUGAGAACGCAGUGUUUGCCUAUGAAUCUUCGGUGCACAGCACCAACGUCCUGCUUGGCCUCAACGACCAGCGGAAGAAGGACGUGCUGUGCGACGUCACCGUCCUCGUGGAGGGCCAGCGCUACCGGGCCCACCGGUCUGUGCUGGCGGCAUGCAGCAGCUACUUCCACUCGAGAAUCGUCGGCCAGGCCGAUGCAGAGCUUAGCAUCACUCUGCCGGAAGAGGUGACAGUUAAAGGAUUUGAACCUUUAAUUCAGUUUGCCUACACUGCCAAACUGAUUUUAAGUAAGGACAAUGUGGAUGAAGUGUGCAAGUGUGUGGAAUUUUUAGGUGUACGUGAUAUUGAGGAAUCCUGCUUUCAGUUUCUCAAGUUUAAGUUUUUGGACUCCACUGCAGACCAGCAAGAAUGCCUAAGAAAAAAAUGCAUCCCAUCACACUGUCAGAAAGCAGACCUUAAGUUUUCACUGUUGGACCAGAGGGAUUUAGAAAUUGACGACGUGGAGGAAUUUUUGGAAAAUAAAAAUGUCCAGACUCCUCAAUGGAAACUGCAUAGGUAUCAAGGAAAUGCAAAAGUAUCAUCUCCUCUCCAGGACAGUGCCAGUCAAACCUGUGAAUCCAUGUGCUUAGAAAAGGAUGCUGCUCUGGCUUUGCCAUCUCUAUGUCCCAAAUACAGAAAAUUCCAGAAAGCAUUUGGAACUGACAGAGUCCGUAGUGCGGAAUCCAGCGUCAAAGACGUGCAUGCUUCUGCCCAGCCAAAUGAGACUCCUGAAAAUGAAUGUCUGGGAGGAAUCCAGGACUGUGCAGAUCUGCAGGUGAUUUUAAAAUGUGAAGAAGGUAAAUUAGCAAUGGAACAUGAAGAAACCAAGAAGAAAGAUCCUGCUCCUCAGUGCCCAUCAGAAAAGCCAGAAAUGACUCCUUUCCCCCACAAUUCUUCUGCAGCCCCUCACGGGCUCUAUUCUCUGUCUCUUUUACACACCUACGACCAAUAUGGUGAUGGUGACGUGAGUUUUGCUGGAAUGCAAAACACAGCAGUGUUAACAGAAAAGCCUUUGUCAGGUACAGAUGUUCGGGAAGAGAAAACGUUUGGUGAAAGUCAGGAUUUACAUUUGAAGUCUGACUCUGGCCCCAGGGAAGAUGGUAGCCUUGCCUCCAGCGAUCGGAGUAGUGUGGAACGGGAAGUGGCAGAACACCUAGCAAAAGGCUUCUGGAGUGACAUUUGCAGCACGGACUCUCCUUGCCAGAUGCAGUUAUCACCUGCGGUGGCCAAAGAUGGUUCAGAACAGAUCUACUCCCAGAAACGGUCUGAGUGUCCCUGGUUAGGUAUCAGGAUCAGCGAGAGCCCGGAACCGGGUCAGAGGACUUUUACAACGUUAAGUUCUGUCAACUGCCCUUUUAUAAGUACUCUGAGUACCGAAGGCUGUUCUAGCAGCUUGGAAAUUGGAAACGAUGAGUAUGUUUCCGAACCCCAGCAGGAACCUUGCCCGUAUGCUUGCGUGAUUAGCCUGGGAGAUGACUCUGAGACGGAUACUGAAGGUGACAGCGAACCCUGUUCGGCCAGAGAACAAGAAUGUGAGGUAAAACUGCCUUUUAAUGCACAACGAAUAAUCUCACUCUCCCGAAAUGAUUUUCAAUCCUUGUUGAAAAUGCACAAGCUGACCCCGGAACAACUGGACUGCAUCCAUGACAUUCGAAGGAGAAGUAAAAACAGAAUUGCUGCGCAGCGCUGUCGCAAGAGAAAACUGGACUGUAUACAGAAUCUGGAAUCAGAAAUUGAGAAGCUGCAAAAUGAAAAGGAGAGCUUGCUGAAAGAAAGAGAUCACAUUUUGUCAACUCUGGGUGAGACGAAGCAGAACCUAACAGGACUUUGCCAGCAAGUCUGUAAAGAAGCAGCUCUAAGUCAAGAACAAAUACAGAUCCUCGCCAAGUACUCUGCUUCAGAUUGCCCACUUUCAUUUUUAAUUUCCGAAAAAGAAAAAAGUACUCCUGAUGGCGAACUUGCGUUACCGUCGAUUUUGAGUUUACCUGAGGGGCCCGCCGCUUCACUCCCUGCCGGGGAGCCAAGCCCUCGCCAUCCCCAUCCCGGCCCGAAGGGCGGGGGGUCUGCGGGCUGUGCCCCCGGCGAGUCCCGGCUUCCUGCCGCCCCCGAGCAGGCCGGGCCUUCGGAACCGUGCCGGCAGGGGGGCGGCAUCUCGGACUUCUGCCAGCAGAUGACUGAUAAAUGUACUACUGAUGAGUAAACGCGCAUUCACUUCCGGCACACCGUCUCGUUUUCCGCUGCAGUUUUGACGUCUUAAGAGCAAAAUACAGCCUCUGACUCUUAACAGCGUUGGUUAUUGGCCCCCGCUGGCUUUGCUGUUAAGGGAAUUCCUCUGAAGGCAACCCUGACUUUCCCCUGAUUUCCACGAGAUGCACAAAUUACAUGCCUCCCGGAUCGUGAAAACUCACAUGUGAAACUGUCCUAAGGCUUUAAAAACUCCGUUUUAAAGAACAAUCACUAUUGGUAGUAACUGUUCCCAUAUGCAAAGUGAAUUGGACAGUGAAAACUGCAGCGUGUCAAAAGUUUAACAGCUUGAAGCGUCUGCAGAGAGUUCCUGCUAAGGAAGUGGCCUGCACAAGUUUCAGAACCUGACCUUUCGCACGACGGCGGUUUAAAAGAAAAUGCCUCCCCGAGUAAGGCCGGUAGAGCUCCGCCGUGUGUUGAAGUGGAUGUCAGCCGUCUGAAGACUUGUGCAGAAUUGCAGGGUGAGGAGGACAGUGUCUCGCCCGAAUCCUGGAGCUUUGCUCUUCUCCCACCGACGCCAGGGCUGGCUUGGCCUGCACCGCGACUCCUCAGCUACGUCGGGAAUACGCAGGACACAGAGGCACGCGGUUGGCCCGGGCAGAGGCUUCUGCUCCUCCCUCCUCGGGGUCGACCUCAGAAAUGCUGGCGGCAUCAACAGUAGACAAGUGUCAUUCUCCCCCCUUCCUUUCUUUCUCUGCAGUCUCUACCACAUCUGGGUCCACCGUGAUCUUUCUGGUUCCUGACAUUCUUUUCCUUCUGGAAGAAGUACGACUUGGGACACAGGCAUGAGGGGGCACGCCGGCAGCCCUGUCGUGGCCUCCCUGGACUCCCGGAGGGCUGCCCCAGACACCAGGCGCUCUGCCUUCCCGCCACGGGUCACGACCCCUGCAAGAAAAGCAGACCUCGUGGGGAAAGAACACUGCUUACGUUUGUCAGGAGCGGCAGUUCAUUUUUCAUCCUAUUUCCGAAGUCCUGUGGUUUACUUGUAAACAGCAUUAUUGUAGAGGAAAACGUAUCUACACACAGCCGUGCAGGUUUGUGAAAUAGGACGAAGUUCAGUCUCGUUCCAUUGUGGGUUUGGAUCUGGAAACCAGACUUAAUCUCUUUCCCUUCCCCGGAUCUGGUGUAUAAGGGCACACAAAUCACUUUGACUUGGGCAUUUCGUGAUCGGUCUUUGUGUUCACUCAGUCCCGUUUUAAAAUAAAGCUUUUAUAGUCCCAGCACUUACCCCCCCCAACAUUUUGCAGUGGCUCUCAGCCAUUCUGGUGUUUGAGAGUCCAGUAAACCUACAGAGUAUGAACCUUCUCAACAGUGUUUUAAAGAAAUUGCAUAUAUUCACAUUGGUAGAACCUAGUUUUAAAGGGUACACAGGAGUAGUUUAUCAUGUUUGGAUUGGAAAAGUACUUAAUUUUACCAAGAUCAGAUACCUGAGAGAGAGGCUUAGCAACUGCAUCCCGAGUCUGGUGAAGGGCCUGUGUAGCUACCGUGGGAGCCCAGCAUCCACAGCAGCAAGUCUAGCAAGUAGACCUUAGUCGUGACAGCAUAUGGGGACCAGAGUUCAUAUUUCGGAGUAAUUUAUCAAAUGUUACCCUUUCCGAUGGGUGCGCGGGGGAGAUAUUGCUAGUAUGUUUUCAGUGAUUUGUAUGUUAUCUCUGUUAUUGACUUAGUUGUAAGACAAAACUAGUUGAGCUUGUUUAUUUUCUAGAAGCUUUUAUAAGAGUGCUUAAGAACUUGUCAGGGAGAAUAAUUCUAUGAUAGUGCAUCCCAUACUACAGAAGAAUCGCGUGGGCAUACCUAGAGAGAGAGAGAGAGAGAGAUAGGUAGAUAGAUAAUAUCCCCUUGUAGCUAGCUCUCUGAUACUUGUAAUUUAAAAUUUUAACUCCAAAAUAUAAAAUAAUAUAAAAACUUUUCUGGUUUACAAAAUGUAAAAUCUUAUACAAAACCAGUGGAAUCCUUGAUUUCCUACCUCAGUGUCCACUCAACUGUCAUAUCAGUUUGUGUAUGUGCAAAUGUCACAUAACCUUUUGCUUUAACUGCUACUGUAAAUAACUGCUCUGAAAGGUUACUUAAUAUUUUAUGAUACAUCCUAGUUGUCUCAGAACUUAAAUAUGAUUUUUAAGACACUUGGUUUAGAUUUCUGUCUACAUAUAAAUAGUUUAGCAUUAAGGGUUUAUUUUGAUGAUAUUCUGAUUAUUGGCCAAGUGUGAUAUUUUGUAAAAUACAGCAUUACUUUUAAUAGCCAGCAUGUAAUACAAGUAACUACACUACCUCAUACCUACAUGAUUUUCAAAUUGUAAUACAGAGGGACAGAGAGAUAAAGGAUUUUAUCUUUGUUUUUCAGCCAUAAGGUAGGGAAAUUUUCUAUAUAUUGCAUAGCAUUACACAUUUAUGCCUAUUUUAACAUUAACUUCUAAAGAAGUUUUUUUCUAAGAAAGUUUGUUAUGAUUUUUUUUUUUUUUUUUUUUUGGCUGCCGAAGACAAGUGACAGGAUUAUGUGUAUACAGUGUAUAUCUUUUCCUUCAUGCAGAAUUCUGGAAAGGUUUUUUUCAGUUUGUAUAUUGCAUAUUUACAUGAUCAUUGUUCCUUAUUUUAUGAAUUAGCCUUCACAAUGAUUGGUGAUUUUUAAAAAACUGUUAUGUCUAACUCCAUAAAAUAAUAUUACCUUAAAAUUGUUUUCGUUAUUUGAAUGCUACGACUAUAGCAAAUAAUUUGUUGUUAAAUUAUUACAUUCAAAACAAAUAUGGUUAUAAAUUAAACCUUGGUUCUCCAUCUGUAAAUUUUAUAACCUAACAUAGCUUAAUGCUUAACCAAUUUUAAAUAAGGAAUUAAAUAUAUUUGUUGCAGUAGACAAUACAGGUUGCAUGUGGACACUUUGCCACAUUAACAACUUGGGGAAAAAAGUCAAACAAAUAAAUGGCAAUGCUAUAUUGAAUUCUCAGGUCAACUUUUUUCAGUUUUGAAACAUCUAUUUUGAAUCUGUAAAUAUUUUAAGUGUUUUAUUAGGCAUGUAAUAAACUAUUCUUUGAAAUCUAUUGGGCAGAUUGAAAAUACAAAGCCAUAUGGUAAAAAAUGGCAUACUGAUGGUGAAAUAAACAAAUAAUAACAUCUA